CACGUCGCGCAUUUGCGUUGUUGCUGCUUAUUCAGUUUCGUUUCGAGCUGUGCGUGUAUGUGCUGUGAGAGCCAAGUAUUGUGUUUGUGCGCUGCUAUCUCUGUAGUUUGGAAAUGGCUAACAUUGCGGACAGAAGGUUGAGGAUCGAAAUGGCCCAGAUGGCAACGUCACCACUACCAUACGCAAGGGCAAAGCCAAGGGAAGAGAAUAUUCGCAUCUGGGAUGCAUCGGUGAUGGGGCCGGUUGGCUCUCCUUAUGAAGGAGGUAAAUUCAAUUUCACCAUGACUUUCUACUCCGAUUA